CCGCCCGCGGGGGGCUCAGCUCGCCGGCCCGCGGCUCACGGCGGCUCCGGGGGGGCGCGACACGCCGCAACCCGCCGUUAAUAAAGCCGCUGCCGCCAGCACCGCCUCGCUGCUCUGUGACACGCCCCCGGCCCCCCGGCCCGGCUGGCACCGCAGCCAUGGCACACGUGGGCCAUAGGGUGGAUUACCUGGCCGGCUUCUGCUGCCCGCUGGGGGGGCUGGUGGCGGGCAAGCCCCGCGUGCUGUGCCACGAGAACGAGAUCUACCUCUCCAACGGCAGCGAGUUCGUCUAUGUGUACGACCAGGAGGGGAAGGUGCUGAAGGCCGUGUACCGCUGCCCUGACCAGGUGUGGCACAUGGAGCUGCUGCCCCAGCCCCGCCAGCUCUACAUUCUGUGUGCCCACAGCGGCAUUUACUGCAUCUCCCUGGAGCAGCAGAGCAGGUUAACGGAGCAGACGGACGGCGACGACCAAGAGACCAACUGUCCCUCCAGCGUCUUCCCCGUGGACUCGGACUCCUGCGUCUUCCCCGACUCCAGCCUCUGCAUGUUCACUCUGCUCAACAGCUUCGUGGUCACCUUGUCCCAGGCUGACGGCAAGUGGUGGAUGAAGCUGCACGAGCUGCCGCGGCCCGAGCAGGAGAGCGCCCCGUACCGGCAGGUCAGCGAGGUGGGCUUCUGCCCCGGCCCCCCGCCCGCCGAUGCUGCCGACGGGCCUCCCUCCCGCUUCCUGCCCGUGCUCUGCUGCGCCUCCUCCCCCGGCGGCUCCGGGGACGGGCUGUGGUGCUCGGGGGGCUUCGUGCUGGAAGAGCCCCUCUUCAGCCUGCUCUUUGGCAUCGACGCCGCCGUGCUGGAGUCUCCCAUGAUCCUCUGCGGCUUCCCGGACGGGCAGCUCUGCUCCGUGCCGCUCAAAGCCCUCAGCUCUUCGCCCCCCGUCGACGGCUGCCACGACGUUUCCAGCCAAGACCCCCCCGUGAAGAUCCUCCACCAUUUGGAAGAGCCCAUCGUCUUCAUCGGCGCCCUGAGAACCGAGCGGAGGGCGGCGGAGGACGACGAGGAGGAGGAGGAAGACGAGCAGCUCUCGGGGGGCGCCGGCUGCGACUGCGUGGUGGCCGUGGGCCACUACGGGAAGAUGGUGGCUGUGAAGGCCGACCAGCGGGAGGAGGCGUCGGUGCCCGAGCUCAGGGAGUAUUACCUGCGGGGGCCCAUCCUGUGCGCCGCCUGCGGCAGCGGCAGCCGCAUGUACUACAGCACCCACUCGGACAUCUCCGCCGUCGACCUGGACUGGGGGGGAGACUCCUCCGACCCCGAGGACGCCGAGAGCGGCGCCGGCGUCCUGCCCCCGGUCCUGGCACCCGCCAGUUUAAGUAUCUGUAGCGUUGUGGCCCUUUCCUUGUCGUCCCGGGCGUCAGAAGGUGAGCCGGAGCUGCUGGCCUUGUCUGCCAAGGGCCGCCUCAUGACCUGUGACCUGUGCAGCCCCGAGGACAGCGGCGAGGAGCUGACACCCGCCGAGGCCGGGCGCAGGAUCAAGGAGCUGCUCUCUGGGAUUGGCAACACCUCGGAGAGAGUCUCCUUCCUGAAGAAAGCAGUGGACCAGAGGAACCGAGCCCUGGCCAGCCUGAACCAGGUGAUGAACGUGAGUGCAGCUUUGCUGUCCAGCCAGGAAGGCCAGAAGCCCAUCGCCUGCACCGUCACUGCCAACUGGAGCUGCCUCCUGCUCCAAGAGACCGUCACCAUCUCCUGUCUGCUGGAGAACUGCAGCGAGUACAGCCUGGAGGAGGGCUGGACCCUCUGUGUCCAGCUCCUGGCCAGCCCCUGUGCCUUAGAGGAGGAGUCUGUGGAUUCAGCCACCACCUUCACCUUCCCCAUCGACCAGCUGCUCCCCGGGACCAAGCGGGAGCUGGCGCUGCCCCUCGGCUCUGCCGCUGACACCAAGCUGGACCUGCCUCUGACCAUCUCCUGUGCCCUGUACUACAGUUUACGGGAUAUUUUGGGCAGUGGCUCCGACUCCUCUGAGGCUCUGGACGACCUGCUGCCGGACGACUCGCCCAUCCUCUCCCCGGACAGAGAGGGGAUCUGCCUGCCCCUCAGCGAAUGCACCAUUGACAUGCUGCAGUGCCUGCGUUUGGAGAGCAGCCCCCCCGGGCCUGAUGCCCCCCCUGCACCCCCAGACCCUGUGGAGACCUUCCUCAAAGUGUCCCGGGAGCAGACUGAGCCUCAGGCAGGGAACACUGCCGAGCUGCCGCCCGCCCCGGCCCAGGGGAAGCUGCCCCCGUCAGCAGCAUCCAUCAGGGUGUCCUCAGAGCUGCUGAAAAACACCCUCAAAGCCUCUGCCUCAGAUGUGCCGCUGAGCUGUGCCACGCUGCGCUGGCUGCUGGCCGGCAACGCCGGGGCCGAGGCGCUGAGCCGUGGGGACGUGGCCGCGGUGCGCGGCGCGGCGCCGGACGGGGCCGAGGUGCAGCUGCUUGUCCGAGAGGUGGCCAUGAGCGACCUGAGCCCAGCGGGACCCAUCCAGGCCGUGGAGAUCCUGAUGCAGAGCCCGUCCCUGGCCAACACGGGCAGGAUGCACCACGCGGUCAUCCGGCGCAUCCAGGCGCUGGUGCUGGAGCAGGCGGCGCAGGGCUCAGGACCUCCAGACCUCCGCAUGCAGCACCUGCGCCAGAUCCAGGCCAACCACGAGACGCUGCUGAAGGAGGCGCAGGCGCUGCGGGACGGGCCGGCCCUGGGAGGGGACGAAGGAGCCGCCGCAGCCCAGAAGCUGCUGCACAUCUACGGGCAGCUGCGUGACCCCAGCCUCGUGCUGCUGUGAGCGGGGCUGGGGGCGGCCAGGGCGGCCCGGGGACCCCCAGCCCCGCCGGCCGGGGUGGGGGAUGCCCACGGGGCCAGCAGCGGGCAGAGCCCCUACCACAGGAGGAGAAGGAGGAGGCGGGAGGGCUGGUGCGGGGCAGCGCCGGCCCGGCUGGGGGGGUGUGUGUGUGUGUGUGUGUCGGGGUGGGUGUUUCGUGGUCGUGUUGUCGGCAGCACCGGAGGGUCGCGGGGCUCCGGUGGCAGAGCGGGGGCUGCAGGGCUGGGCUGGCCCGACCCGACCCGGCCCCGCCGCCCCCCCGGUCCCGGAGCCGUUGGUGUCUCGUGGAUUGUUGUAGCCAUGGUAGUUUAGGGCUGUGCCGGUGGCCGCCGAGCCGUGCCGAGCCGAGCCGUGCCGGCUGCGGGCUGUGCCCCCCCGGGCCGCCUUGCCUUUCAGGAUCAGGACAAACAGGGUGCUGUGCCAGGGUGCUCAGCGGGCGCCCGCCCCGGGGGAGCCCCGUUUUCUGCUGGGCAGGGGAGGGGGGUUUUCGCUCCCCCGUUGUUUCUAUACUCGAUCCCGUGUUUCCGUGGCGGGGCCGCGGGGUUUGGCCCCUCCCCGCACCGCCCCCGUCUCUGUAAUUCUGUCGUCUGCCAUGAAAACGAUCGUGCCGCUCA